AUUCGGCUCAUGACGUGUCCACGGUUGACAGUUCGCUGCGCGGCAUCAUCUACCCUGCGCACGAGUAGCCGGUAGUCAUUUAAAUGAUUUUUCUCAUUUCCUGUGGUCAACUUUUUGUGUCGCUCAAAUAAUUUACCACUUAAAAAUUAAUUAUUUAAUUCAGUGGAAAUUUUUGAAAGCUGUUUCCUAAGGAUUUAGCAUAAGGCGAUGCAAGAAAAUAAGCAGACCGUGACAGUUAUCGAUAAAGGUGUCUAUCUCGUACACCAGGAGGAAGAGAAAAUAUUGGCACAAUCUACGCCUGUAAUUAAUAUCGAUAAACUUACCAAAGAAGAUGGAUUCCCUAAAAAGAAAUCAUGGAUCUCGUCAAAAACUCCAACAAUUUUUCAUUAUAUCACAUUAAUUAUAUUGGGAGCGUUAACAUGGGGUUAUCUUUGGUACACGUGGGGCGACAGCUGGGGAGUGAAGGGACAAUGGUUCCGACUGGCAAUCGUGGCAAUAAUAGCUUGGGUGAGCGGUCUCAUCCUACAAGAGACGACCACACUGCCGCCGGCACUCGCUGCUUUACUCACGGGUAUACUCGCCCGACAUCUCGGAUUUGUUGAUAUGCGAGCGUUCCCUCAUGUUGAUACGUUUUUAAGGAGAAUAUAUCCAGUUAUCAUUCUGGGCAAAGGUUCUCUGGCUUGGGACGUUAGUUUCAUGAAACAAAAUUGGAAACAAAUAUUAGCCUUGGGGGCUUUACCUUGGAGCACAGAAGUUGUGCUGGUGGCAGUGUGCACACAUUUCCUUCUUGAUUUACCUUGGAUUUGGGGAUUUCUUUUGGGUUCCAUCUAUGCAUCUGUAUCAUGUCCUGUGGUGAUGCCUCCUGUGUUGAAACAUGGAAAGAAUGCAGGUGGAAAAGUGAACUGGCCUCAGUUCAUAUGCACGGCAGGCGGCAUAGACACAGCCUUGAGCGUUGGCACGUUUGGAUUGAUUUUUAGUUAUAUGUUUUAUGAAACUCACGAAGGCUAUCGCUUAGUGAAAGCAAUAUUAGCACUACCUGUAGGGGUAGCCUUAGGUGUUGCGUUUGGGAGCCUAGCGAAGUACGUGCCAAAUUCAAAGGAUACCUAUGUCACUGAGCUGAGGGUUUUAUUCGUUCUCGCCGGAGGACUUUUUGGCAACGUUUUCACCGCUUCUAUUGGAUGGGGUGGCACUGGCGGUGUAGCCGUGUUGGCGUGUAAUGCAACGGCAGCGACACACUGGUCGAAGAAAGGAUGGAAACUGAACCAGAACCCAGCCGCUACUGUGUACCGCGUGCUGUGGUCAGCUUGCGAGCCUGCACUAUUUGCGUACACCGGAACAUUCUUCGUGGUACACAGUUCGAUAUCCGACACAAUGCUAAUCGGACUAGGCAUCCUACUUAUAUGUUUGACGGUUAGACUGACAGUUGCGUCGUUAGCGUGUUGGAAUCUCACUCUGAAACAGAAGAUCUUUGUUUGUUGCGCAUGGACUCCUAAGACCAUUGUCGAGGCUGUAUUAUGUCCAACAGCCAUCAGCGCUGUAUUAAUGUCUGGUGGACACGAAAGCCCAGACUUGGUUUACGCUGAAGAGCUGAUGCGAUUGAUAGUACAAGCUAUACUCGUCACCACGCCUAUCGGUUUUCUCCUCACGAACAAUUUAGGUCCAAUGCUUCUAAAUAAUAAUCAAAGUGACUGUGAGAAUAAUACAUUUACACCGAGGAAAUCUAGCGCGUCACCUGAAAAUAGCAGGUUAUGAGAAAAUUCAAGUCAAUUGUCUAUAAAUAUCAAUAUUUAAAUUUUAUAAGAUUACGGAAAAGGGAGCAUUUGGAUCUUCCGAAAAGGAAGAACGAUUGUUUUCGAUUCGUGGAGUGGUUAUAUAAUUUAUAACUAAUGAGAAUUAGAUAUUGUUAAUUAAAUCUGACCAAAUAUAUUACAACUACGCUAGGAGUUAUGAAAGGAGUGGACGAGUGGAUUUUAUAAUUAUUAUUUAUACCAAUU